AUGCCUGAUUUCACGGAUAACCUUCGCCCAAGCCAACCAGAUGGGCCAACGACACUAGCUCGCGAGCGUCAACAAUCUAAUAUCUCAACUCAGGAAUUAGGCCAACAUUUAUUGGCUUCAGAUGGAUUUCUAGAACGACAAGCUCAGAUCUUGCCCAUCAUACAACAAGACCCACUCUUCUCCAAAGACCAGCAACAAAACCUCUCUAGACCGGAAAGAUUCAAGCUAGGAGUUGCGCGCGCAAAGCUAUUACGCCGAAUGAGAGACAAGCUCAAAUGGAGCUACCUAGACUACCAAAUGGCCGAGUACCUGGUCGACGACGUGUCGCCUUACUUCCUGCACAUGGAGAUGUUCAUCACGACCAUCCGCGAACAGGCCAGUGAGGAACAGCGCGCCUACUGGCUUCCCUUGACCGAGUCUUGGAAGAUCAUUGGUGCGUACGCACAGACAGAACUUGGACACGGGAGCAAUGUCCGUGGCUUGGAGCUUGAAGCGCGUUGGGAUAGCCGAACCAAGGAGUUCGUGCUGCAUAGUCCAACUCUUACGGCGAGCAAAUGGUGGAAUGGCAGUUUGGGUCGUUUAGCCAACCACGCCAUUGUAGUUGCGCAGUUAUUACUCCCGGAUCCUAGCUCUCCGGAUAAAUACAUUUCUCACGGUCCUCACCCGUUCAUUGUGCAGGUGCGGGAUAUGAAGACACAUCAACCUUUGAAUGGGAUUAUUGUUGGAGACAUUGGGCCGAAAUACGGCUAUGCUACCAUGGACAAUGCGUACAUGCUGUUUGACCAGUUCAGAAUCCCACACUCUGCUAUGUUAUCACGAUACUCAAAUGUCGACCCCAACACAGGAGCUUAUACCAAGCCAGCACAACCAGCUUUAAUCUAUGGAUCUCUGACCUAUGUACGGGCGAACAUGGUGCACCGCGCCCGACUCGUCCUCGCACGUGCAGUCACUGUAGCAGUGCGGUACAGCAGCGUGCGACGGCAGUUCCAAGACCGAGACGGCGAUAAGAAGGGGCCUGAGAUGUCUGUUUUGGACUAUCCGACUGUCCAAAUUCGCAUCCUGCCUCUCCUUGCCACGACCUUUGCACUUCACUACACAGGCCUUGCCAUGCAGGAAGUGUACAGAAACGCACGACAGGAUAUCGAGAAGGGGAAUUUUAAUUCUUUGGCUCAUAUGCACAGUAUGUCAUCUGGACUGAAGAGUCUGUGCACUAUCCUGGCAGCGGAUGGAAUUGAGACAUGUCGACGUGCCAUGGGUGGGCAUGGAUUUGGUGGUGGGAGUGGCUUGAUCCAGGUCAACAAUGAUUACCUCUCUAAGCCAACUGUCGAGGGUGAUAACUGGAUGAUUACGCAGCAAGUUGCGGCGUAUCUGAUCAAGAAGAUGACUGCUGCUGUGAAGUCGCCUGAUACUCUCGGUGUUGAUGAGACUGAGGCUCAUUUCAAAGAGUUCAUUCGCAACAAGCGCUCCCCCGGAGUAGAAAAGCGGACUUACGAUGUUCUGAACAGCGAUUUGGAUAUUGUUAAGAGCUUUGAGCUGAGGGCAACUGCUAUGGCAUACGACGCAUACGAACAAAGAGUGAUCAAAAAGCAGAACUGGAACAGCCUUCUGAUCCAGCUUCACAAACUAAGUCGAGCACAAUCGGAAUCAAUCAUCGUCGCGACCUUCUUCAAUGCCCUAUCCAAUGAUAAAACACUAUCAGCACCCAUCAAAACCGUGCUAUGGGACUGUUACCGACUGUUCGCAUUGUACAGCAUGGAGAACGAAAGCUUCGAAUUUUUCCGCUCCAACGCUGUCUCCCAAGCAGAUUUGAAUAGCCUAGCUAGUCGAGUCCAAGACCUAAUGGCGCGUAUCCGACCCCAUGCCGUGAAACUGGUUGACUCAUGGAUGAUUCCUGAUUAUUUAUUGGACAGUGCGCUGGGCCGAUAUGAUGGUCGUGUGUACGAGGAUCUAUUUAACCGCGCUCAUCGGUUAAACCCACUGAACCGGAUUACUUUCAACCCGAAUUAUUGGGAGGAUGAGAUUGUUAAGGGGAGUGGCGAUAAUGGGGGUAGCAUCUUGUCGAAGUUGUAG